CACGUGGCUAGCUUCCUAUUGGCUGAACAAAUGACUCGAGGUUAGGAGUGCCACGUAUGCUGUACCGGACAAAUAAAGGAUUCCCCUGCCUCCGUUAUCUUCUUCUUCUUCUUCCCUUUUCUUAAACCCUCUGUAUCCAUUCCUCGAAUUCUCGAAUGCGGCCGCUCUCCGGCCGAUGAGAUUACUGCUGCUCAAUUCUUUUCAAUGGAUACUCUAGCGCUCGCCAAUUCCGCCGUAACAACGGCCGCCGCAGCCACGACUACAUCUUCUUCCGCCGCUUGCUCGUCCUUUUCGGGCGUGCGGUUCUCCUUACCUUGUUCGAGAGCCAGAGUGAGAAGGCCUUCCGGGAGAAGAAGAGAGCUGGUUUCCUCGAGGAAGAGUAGGCUUGUUGUUUCGGCGUCCAGAGAAGGUGGAAAUGAGCCGCAGCUGGACGAGUGGGACCAAAUGGAGCUCCAAUUCGGUCGCUAUCUCGGUGAAGACCCGAAACUCACCAUAGCUAAGAUAAUGGCUAGAAAGGUGAAUCCGGAUGCUUCGUUUCUGGAAGUUGAGAAGGAGUUUCAUAGAAACAAAGGGAAAUUAGUGGAGAUAGAGGAGCUUCCUUUUGAUAUUUCUAGCGAAAGGAAGCAGAAAUCGGCUAGUUCUUCGUCGUCGGAUGGUUUGAGUUUGGCCAGGCCUGUGCUAAAACAAGGAAUGAGGUUCCAAGAGGAGGUUAGUAAACCUGCAAGGUUGCCGCAGAUGAAGAAACCGAUUCGUCCGGUUGUGAACGAUGCUGCUGCUAGUAGCAAUGUCAAACAGCCUAGUGUUCCGGAUGUUAUAUUGAGGAAGCCAAGUGUUUUCGGUGUGGAGGAUGGUGGGGAAGAUAGGGAUUUGAAGUCUGGAGUGAGGAUGAUUCAACCUAAUUUGAUGUUGAAAAUGAGGAAUGAGCAGAAAAGAGAGGGGUUUAGUGAUAUGACACUUUUGAGAAAGCCUGAGGCAGUGAGUGUUGAGAAGAAGCAAGAGUAUCCUGCCAAUGUGGAUGGUGAAGUUAAUGGAGGUGAUCGGUUGGCGAUGAGGAAUGAAAUGGAUGAGGAUGAUGACUACACCGGUUUCACUUUGAUGCAGAAGCCUGUGAGUGUGAGUGUGCGAAAUGAGGUUCAGGAAUCUUCAGAAUCACUUGGAAAGGAAGAUGUGGUGGAAGAGAGACCUGAUUUAGGGUUUCAGCAAGAGAGCAUUAUUCAAUCUAGUGAGGUACAUGAUGAUGCUCUUAAUCAACAACUGGAUGCAAGUAAAAGUGAUUCGGAAUCCAACUUAUUGAUCGAAGCAUCACUGCAGGGAAAACCAAAUAGAUUAGACCAAUCUGUGAAAGAAAGAUCAACAUCUAGCAUGGAACAGACAGUUUCUUUGGAUCCUGGAACCAGUAGCAAUGAGAUCCGGGAUCUCCCAGCUACUUCUCCUGUGGAGGCUGCUGAUUGGACCAGGGCUGAAGAGCUGUUUAAGGCAGGGGAUAGGGCUGAAGUGGAGUUGAUAAGCUCUAGUGCACGAGGAUUCAUUGUCUCUUUUGGCUCAUUGGUGGGAUUUUUGCCAUACCGCAAUCUUGCUGCAAGAUGGAAAUUCAUAGCUUUUGAGUCUUGGUUGAGACAGAAGGGCCUUGAUCCGUCCGCCUACAAACAGAAUUUAGGAAUCAUAGAAAAUUAUGAUGCCUUAGAUCAGAACCGUUCUAUUGACCCAAAGUUAAAUCCAGCAACUGAGAGUGAAAUUACUCCAGAUAUGAAGUUGGAAGAUCUUUUAAGGAUUUAUGACCAGGAGAAACUCAAAUUCCUUUCCUCAUUUGUUGGCCAGAAAAUAAAAGCAAAUGUGGUAAUGGCGAAUAAAAAGUCUGGAAAAUUGCUAUUUUCUUUGAGACCCAAGGAGAAGGAAGAAUUGGCCGAGAAGAAGAGAACCUUGAUGGCUAAACUUCAAGUUGGAGAUAUCGUGAAGGGAUGCAUAAAAAAGAUCACCUAUUUCGGUGUUUUUGUUGAGGUUGAAGGUGUUCCUGCACUAAUUCAUCAGACUGAAGUAUCAUGGGAUGCCACUUUGGAUCCUGCAUCAUAUUUUAAACUGGGUCAGAUCGUUGAAGCAAAAGUACAUCAGUUGGAUUUCACACUUGAACGUAUUUUCUUGUCCCUGAAGGAAAUUACUGUGAGUUUUGUGCUUAACAUGUUUGAGAUUUAACUGCCCACACUUUUCUAUCCCGGCUGCUACUACAUAUGUAUAUGCCAACUGCAUUGCUCACUCUGACAGCCGGAUCCCUUGACCGAGGCCUGGGAGUCUGUUGUUGGCGAUCGUGAUCCCUUAAGUGGAAGUCUGCAACCAGCUGAAGAAGACACCGAGUGGGAGGAAGUAGAGUCUCUGAUCAAGGAACUAGAACAAAUUGAAGGUAUCCAGUCAGUAACAAAAGGACGCUAUUUCUUGAGUCCAGGUUUAGCUCCAACGUUUCAGGUUUAUAUGGCAUCCACGUUUGAGGAUCAGUAUAAGUUACUAGCACGAGCAGGAAACAAAGUCCAGGAGGUGAUCGUUCAAUCGUUGCUUGACAAAGAAGAAAUGAAGUCCAUAAUCCUAUCGUGCGCCAACAAAGUCUGAGUGUUUGAUUCGUACCUUCACUACCCUCGCAAAGUUGAGUGUCUCUCGUCGUCCUCCGGUUCGCUCAGCCACCGCUGACCGUAGCUGCUGGUGGCUAUGAUGAGAACAAACAAAGACAGAGAUCAAAAGCUGGAAAAGAGAAGAAGGGUCGCCAUUGGUGAACAGUGAACUGCAAUAAGCCAAGUUUGGAGAGAUGAGAGGAUGCUAUUUUUAUACACCUAGCGUAAUUUGGGCCGCCCUGGCCCAGACAAACUUAUGGGCCGUUUUGAAACCGGUCUGGUUUUUGUUGAUGACGACGAUGAUUCGGAUAAUGCUUGGAGCAGAAAAACAGCAGUUAUUGUAGUGUACUCUCAAGUCUCGCCAUCAUUCAGUUAUUGCAAUAGCGUUAUUAUGCUAACCUUUAAAGUAAGCAACUACUAACAGGGUGGGAUGAUGUUCCAUGUCGCCGAGCCAUUAUCGGAGGGUGAGGGAUCACCGGCGCUAUGAUGUGGGGGGAAGAUUUUUUUGGGCAAGCUGAGCCACUUUUGGGAGAAGUGGGG